AUGGAUUCUAUUCAAGCCUGCCUUUUGUUGAUGUUUGGUUGUUUGCUUGUUGCAGAAAUAAAUGGAACAUAUAUUGAGAACACAACACCUGGCGAUACAACAAUACUUACGCAGCUUGUUGAUGAUAUCAAAUUGUAUCUGAAAAAAUUCUAUGAAUUAAAUGAACAUUUCCCGGAAGAAUUUGUCAAUGGCAAAGAUAAAAUUGAUGAAAUUGAAGAAGAUGCUCGAAAGAUAAUAGAAGCAAUCAAUCGUGUGCGAAAUACUUGGAAUGAUAAUGAUUAUGAAAAAAAUUUAGCAAUAAUUUGUGGUAUGACAGAUGAAGAACAUAAUGUUAAAUGA